AUGCCUACAUCAAUUCUGCCUCUGGUGAUUAUCAUGUUCUUCAUAUUGGCCUCUUCACCAAAACUAGUUCUUUCAUCACAUAAUUUCCCCUUAGCCAAGCAUAAAUACUGCAACGAUACUUGCGGCGGCAUAACCAUCCCCUUCCCAUUCGGCACCAGACCGGGAUGCUACAUCUCGAAAGAAUUCUGGGUGACUUGCAACCACGAUCCACCGAAGAUCUUCUGGUGGGAGACGGAGAUCGAAAUCACGAAGAUAUCCCUCGACGGGCAGAUGACGUUGCUGCAGUCAAUAGCGUAUGAUUGCUACAAUAAGAGUGGCGUAAGCUCUACCAACUCUAGCACGUGGAUAGAUCUUACCGAACGCUACUUCACUGUGAGUAAUACUGCGAAUAAGUUCACCAUCGUGGGGUGCGAUUCCUACUCCUUUGUCUCGGGGAAUAGGCUCGGCCGCGACUUCACCACGGGCUGCAUCGCCAUGUGCAGUUCCGUGGAUGAUCUGAGUGCGCCGGCGUGGGGUGCUGCCAGACUCCCAUUCCCAAAAAUGCGUGUCGAGGUUUUCAAAGGAUAA